AUGGCAUUAGGACUGUUCUGGGCCACGACGUGCCUCUGUAUUCUGCUAUUCGUCUUGGCGCUGGACAUUAUGGGUGUCUUUUCGAGAAAGAACCACUUUGAUGUGGAUGGGCGGACCGUCGUUAUCACUGGCGGCUCCCAGGGCAUGGGCAGAGGGCUCGCCAAGCUGUUGGCAUCAAAGGGAGCCAAUAUUGUGAUUGUGGCACGAAACAAGCAGAAACUCGAAGAGGCCCUGAAAUACAUAAGUUCUGCAGCGAAGAACCCUCAAGCUCAGCGAUUCCAUUCGAUCAGCGCAGAUGUCACGAAAACUGAGGAGAGCGAGCGGAUCAUCAGUGAAGUCACUGCCUGGAACAAUGGAAAUGCUCCCGAUAUAGUGUGGGCGAAUGCUGGAUCUGCACACCCUGGCUUGUUCGUCGACACUCCUCCGGAGACAAUUCGGUCACAAAUGGACAUCAACUACUUCGCUGCCGCUUAUUUGGCCCACGCCACUUUGAAGACGUGGAUCAAACCUUCUCCGAAUACUACAAGCAAUGCGAACCCGAAACUGGUGAAGCCAAGGCACUUCGUCAUGACUUCGAGUACCCUCAGCUUUUUCAGCAUUGUGGGAUAUGGGCCGUAUUCAAGUCCCAAAGCAGCCAUGAGGUCUCUGGCAGACACUCUUCGUUCCGAAGUGAACUUGUACAAUGGAGCAAGGAGGAAGGACCCCAUCAAUGGUCCGUCAGCUGAUAUCAAAAUCCACUGUGUCAUGCCAGGAACAAUCACGAGUCCCGGCUUUCAGCAUGAAGAGAGUCUCAAGCAUGAGGCCACCAAAAUCUUGGAGAAAGACGAUCCGAAGCAGACAGAGGAUGAGGUUGCCAAAGCUGCUAUCAAUGGACUCGAGAAGGGCGGAUUCAUCAUCACGACGCAAUUACUCGGUCAUGCAAUGCGUGCAUCUGCUUUGGGGGGAAGCGCGAGGAACAACUGGUUCGUUGACACGAUUUUCAGCUGGGUGGUAGCUAUUGCAUGGCUGUUCAUUGGGCCUGAUCUCGAGGGCAAGGUGUUCGACUAUGGAAAGAAGCAUGGCCUCGCAGCACCGAAGUGA